AUAUAUGAACUUCUUUUUACACUGCACACAUGGUUUAUGAAUGAAGUCUGAAUGAAAAAGGAAUUUAAGGGAAAAUAAGUGACAGGUUGGUGAAUAAAAGCAUAGACAAUGGCAGGCAGCAAUGAGAUGACCAUCAACCUUGUCAUUCUUGGAGGAACUCAGACUGGCAAAAGCGCUGCUGGGAACAGCCUGCUGGGCAGCUCAGACUUUGAGAGUCAUCUCUCCCCAAGCUCCGUGACAACAAGCUGCAGCCUUGGACGCAGCUGCCGCAUUUCAAGGAUUAUACGAAGAAAUGGCUGUGAGCUAGCUCUCCGUGUUCGAGUACUUGACACACCAAGCUACCCUCACAGUGAUCUGAGCAAAGAGCAGGUGAGAGACAUGGUGAGAUCAGCCCUGGCUCACCACUUCGGGGAGGAAGGCCUGCAUCUAGCUCUCUUGGUCCUGAGGGCUGACUUGCCUGUGUGUCCAGAUGAAAAUGAUCACACUAUUCAAUUCAUCCAGGAACUUCUGGGUCCCACAUGGAAGCAUUUCACCGCAGUUCUAUUUACUCACACAGACAAGACAGAAGAGGCUGGAUUCAGUGAGGAAGAAUACUUGCACAGUGCCUCAAGUACCCUGUUGUCACUUUUGAGCUCAGUACAGCAUAAAUACAUUUUCCUAGACAACCAGAAGAGCAUAAUUAAAGAGGAAAGAGCUAUCAUCUUAAGAAAGCUCUUGAAUUUUAUAAGACAAAAUAAUUAUCAAGUGCUUCAACUUCAACACAGCAAGAAAUAAGGAAUAAAAUUAGAUUUCAGGUGCUUAUUUGUAUAUUUCCUAUGGUAGGCAACAUUAAUAGAAAUAGAAGAGUAGAAACCAUCAACUGGAAAACUCCACAUCCAUACCAAAUACCUUCGAACACACAGUUGGAAAUACCUCUUUAGAUUACCAAACUACUUGCCUUUCAUAGAGUAUCUCACACUACUGCAUCCAGAAUCCUAGCUUCAACCACAAAAUCAGAACAAGCUAGUUCUCUAAACUACACUCCCAAUAUGUACAUAGUCAUAAAUGAGAUUUUACACUACACCAGAUUGUAUACUGUGGUUCAUACAGAAGACGGAUCUGGAAGAAAAAAAGGUAAAAAAAUGCAUAUGAGUUCAGACUGUAAGGGAGCCUCUUUGCUCAAUUCUUGAAGCUUUCAGAAGUUCCCUGGAAUUCCUAAGUUUUUAAAGAGCUUUCCAGUAUUAAAAGCUGAGAUUUAUCUACUGUAAGAGUAUUUCUUUACCUUGAUUCAGGAUUGAUUAGUUAGAAUUGAGAUUUUGAACUUCAAAAAUUUUAUUUAAUCAAACAUUAUUGGAUAUGUAGUUUACAAGGCAGAUAAAAUAGCUCCCAUGUGCUUACCACUAUUUGGCACAUUUAAAAGAACUAAUUUCUAUUGCUUAUUCCCAGAUGCAUGAAAAAUUAACACAGUUUAUAAGCACAUACAAAACUCAUUUGAAAAAGAAAUCUGUUCAUCUCUUGUGCCUGUUCCUUUUAAUUUUAUAUCAUUUUCAUUUUGUUUUCCCCUCCCAGUUUACUGGAUGAAGUUCAAAGCCUGCAAAAUUCAGAAUGACUAAGUUUUUUUUAUUUCAGUGGUUAAAAAAACACUUAUUGUUGCAGUGGCUAGACAGUAACCAGUUAAAUAUUGUAUGCCAAAAUAUCUGAAGUAUCUCUAAAAAGUUACUUAAAAGGUUUGUUGUAAAUUGAACUAAAAUAUUUUCAGAUUAUUAAAAGGCAGGAAUUAAAAGAAGUAAUUUGACGCUAUUACCAUAGCAACCAUGACUACUUGUACUACAUUAUUAUGGAAUAAUUCUAAUUGUAAAAACUGAAGAAGUUAUUUCUGUUAAUACCAAAGCAUCUUUUGUAUAAAAUAUCAUUGCAUAAAAAUACAUUAAAACAAAAAAAGUCAAUUUUAUACCUGUUUGGGCACUGGGAACUGAUGGCUUUGUGGUAGUAUUUGACUAGCUCUGCAAAUCUAUUUGCUAUUCGUUCUUUCUUAGUACUAUCUAUCAUUCGGAAGGAAACAUCUAGGUGGACUAGAUAAAGAAUUAUUUUAGCAGAGUGACAGCUUUGAUCUUAUUGACAUUACAACAGCUUAACUGUGGGACAUGAAAGCAUGUCCAUUUACACAUCUUAGGGCAUAAAGGGCCAUAGUUCAAUCUUCCCAUUACAAUUGCCUGCAGACUACUGAGACAACACAGCCAAGAACAAAGUUGUAGAGGCUCAUAAAAUAUCUGAAAAUUGCUUGGAAGAAGAGAAGAAAAGCUACUCAUAGGGGACUAGAAGAAUGAAGACAAUUGUGGUCUUCACUGACCAACUGCUACUCCUGCACCUCUUGAAGUGCAGUUAGCACACAUGGAACAUGGCAGAAGUUUCCUUAUUGAGAUGCUCUUGCUCCACAGAUCCUCUAAAUCUUUUAGCUGUCCAGAAAAUAUGCUUGCCUGCCUGUAGUUCUACCAUGAACAAGCCUUGGCAAUUAAGUCUUGAGC